GGAAAUUGCUUCUGAUUGUUCAAUGAGGAGAUGCUCUGUCCAAGAAUUAUGUGACUGCCGGAAGAUGUGUAAUCUUGAAAACCUACCAUGGUCAAAUAGGUUUUAUCAUACUCUGAAGUAGCUUAGUAUUGUUUGAUGUCGAAGGGCAUUCAGCAACUUUCGUAGCUUCGACCCAGAAGAUAAAAGAGAAAGAAGAAAAUCAACUAUAGAAGCGGACAGGGCGCCGGAACCUCUCUCUCUCUCCGUAAGUCGUAACCAUGGCUAUGGCUAUGCAAAGCGGGAUCGGCUUCUCCAAGAUUCUCAUCAUAGCUGGAGCUGGCUACACCAGUACCGUCCUCAUCAAGAACGGUAAACUUUCCGAUUUAAUUGGCGAGCUCCAGUUGUUGGUGAAGGGAUGGGAAAAAUCUGGCGAUCACAGUGAAGGUGAAGGUGAAUAUGCUGAUGCCAUUGCUGCUCAGGUGCGUCGAUUGGCAAAUGAAGUUCGGCAGUUAACAUCAAGCAGGCCAAUUACAGUACUCAAUGGGGGUUCUGGAGAAAGUAACUUAUCUUCACUUGUGGUUCCAGCAGCUGCAUUGGGUGUUGUGGGUUAUGGUUACAUGUGGUGGAAGGGAAUCUCAUUCUCAGAUCUUAUGUAUGUCACUAAACGUAGUAUGGAAAAAGCUGUUUCAGAUUUGACAAAAAAGCUGCAGCAUGCCUCAGAUGUCAUUGCUGAUGCUAAGAAGCAUUUGACACAGAGGAUCCAACAUUUGGAUGACAAAAUGCUCAAGCAGAAUGAAUUGGCACGGUCAAUUAAGGAUGAAGUUGCUGGGGUUCGAAGUACAAUUACUAAUUUCCAUGAUGACUUGGGAAUCUUGCAUUACACAGUGGGAUCAUUGGAUGAAAGAUUGGCUACACUAAGUGGCAUGCAGGAUGAUGCAAAUCAAGGUUUGGCGUACCUUAUCGACUUCGUACAUGGGAAAACCCGCAAACCACCUGAAUUCUUGCAGGAGCGGCUGAGGAUUUCUGCAAAAUCCCGUAGUGUUCUAACAUAUCAGGGAGCUCCAAGUCUGAUGGGACUCAAAGACAUUGCGGAAACAAUGCGUAGUGAUUUAGACAGGUCAGCCUCUGACGGUAUCUUAUCAGAUGGCAUGGAUAAGCUAGAGCAUCUGCGAAGGCCAUUGCUGAGGGCUGCUUCAACCAGGUGAUGAUGACAAAGUCUAGGUCACCUAACUUCUAAGCGGGCUUUCUUUCACUGCUUGGGUGUAAUCGAGCAGCAACUUAAGCUCACUCGCUGAUAUAUACUCCCUCUGAAUCUACAUAAUAUUGAUACUAGAUUAAGUUUUAUAUUCAAACUAGCGGAUGAAGUAAUAUAUUGUAAAUAAAGUUUUCUCUUGAAGCUCAUGUAUUGGUGCAGCCAAGAGCCUAUCGUAUUCCAGAUGUAUGUAAUUCGUGUCUUAACAUAGUAUGUUUUUCUAGGUUGUCAUUAUGGGUCGCUUUCUUCUAAUGUAUGAGCUGGAUGAUCACCAUCUUACUAUGAUAUAUCUGGAAAUGAAUUCUUGCAAUUCAAUAGGCAA